AUGGAAUCAACUUCCAGAUCAAUAAAUACAGAUGCCCAAGAGGAGGAUUCUGACGGAGAGGAGACCUCUGCUACACUCCCUCCUUCUCCCAGUAGUUUGGACCACUCCAUGACCUCCUCAAACCUUCAGAAUGUAGCCACCUCACUCUCCUCUGGUUCUUCCAGCUCUGGCCUAUCUCUCUCUCCUCCUUUGCCUCCAUCGGUGGAUAUCACUGAUGUAAUGAGUGAAACCAGACUGACCCUGGAUGUUUACAGAGGAGGAGCAGCAGCACUUCCCAUACUCUGGGGUUAUGUCCCACAACAGCUCAGAGGCCUCGAAUACUUGAGACUGGGCUCUGAGGAGAAGUCAGGGACAGAAGCAGCUCUGGAAGUCCUCCCACAACUCACACAACUGCGCUCUCUGGCCAUCAGAGGCCACCGUUUUUAUGAUGCUCAGGGUGACCCACUGCAAGGCCUGCUCACUGCUUUACCCGAUUCUAUGUCUGCGCUCUGUUUUCUCACACACCUGGAUCUCUCCUUCAACCAGCUAUCCUCUCUUCCAUCUUGCAUUCUCCAUCUUCCUGCACUGUCCUCUUUGGUGCUUUGCCACAACCGACUCUCGGCUCUGCCCCCUGACAUGGACCAGCUGUCUUCGCUCACCUUCCUCUCUCUCAUGGGGAACCAGCUGGUGUCCCUGCCUCAAAGUGUGGGUCAGCUAAAAGCACUGCAGACGCUGGAUGUUUCAUAUAACCUUCUCCACAUUCUACCUGAUGAAACUGGGUCUCUUGAGAGCUUGGUUAAGUUUGAGUUAUCGCACAACAAACUUAAGGAGCUACCAGAGAGUAUGGGCUUGCUGCUUUCCCUCAGGGAGCUUGUCAUCAAUAGCAAUGACCUCCGUGUGAUUCCACCGUCUUUGAACAAAUUGCCUCUGUUGAAAGUAGAUAGCAGUAACAAUCCACUGGGUCAACCUUUGACACCUUCUCCCCUCUCUCCUUCACCUGAACACAAAGAACCAAAACUAGAAGAGCUACAUUUAGGCUAUGGUCAGCACAGCUUCUGUGUUCCAUCUGCUGGAUGUCAUGUGUUUCUGCCUGGGGGUGCAGAGUUGCUGUUCCCCCCUGGGUGCCUUCUCAUAAGCACAAGAUUAAAGUGGCUGUGGAUGAAGCCAGAUAGAAAAUGGGUUCAUCUUGAAGACCAUGAAAUACUACUAAGUCGACCAUUGGAACUCAGCCCUCAUGGGAUUGCUUUUCUAAAGCCUGUCGAAUUCUCCUGGUUCAUGGUUGUGUCUCGUCCAGUGAGAGACACUUGUUCUGUCUCUGCAGCUGGAGCACUGCUGGUCUCUACCUCAGAUCCUAGCAUUAAGCUCAUGUUUCCCCAACACUGCACUUCAGAAGUCCGGACAAUAACAUUACAGGUGCUUCCCGCUUCCUUAUCCGAAGUUCAGAGUCUUUGUGGUGAUCCUCAAGCUUCUGCCAGCCCCCUGCUUUGUCUCUCCCAGGCCCCCAACAUUAACUUUCUUCAACCUGUGAAAGUUCAAAUUCCCCUGCCAGACGGAGUGACUGGUACACACCGUGAAGGUCAUUCCGUGGAUCGAGCCUGCUUGCAUCUGCUCCAUGGAGAUCCCACUGCCCAAACCUGGACUGACAUCACACCUCAAGUGCAUUUAGAAAUCACUCAACUCUUUGCCAUAUUUUAUAUAACACACUUUUCAUGGUACUGGCUUUGGUACACCACUCAGCGUUGUGUUAGCGGAGUCGUCAGAAAAGUCUAUCAGCGACUCAAGCAAUUUAAAGUCCAGUUUCUCGUAAUGCAGAAAAAAACAGACCCAGUCCAAGUGCUGCUACAGUGUUUGCCCACAGAUAAGGUGGACGGCAGAGUGCAGGCUUUGUUAGCGCAGUAUGAUGGACCUCAUCCGUCUGACCUGUGUGACCUGCUGGAGGGAGAGCAGUUCUUUGCAGGCUUUGAAAGAGGCCUGGACGUCAGCACAGACAGCCCAGAUUGUGUAGAGGGAAGAUUGCGUUUUGUCUUUUACUCAAGCCUGAAAAAUCUCAAAGAAGUGUACAUUUCUCCUGCGGCCGGGCAGAUGGUGCCAGUGAGGGGGCAGGUGUCUUUCUACAGAGGGGAUAUUCCAAAGAAUUUGCCGGAGGAAGUGGUAAGGAAAAGGAAAGGCCUGGACUGUCAAUGGCUGGCAACUUUACCACUGAGACUUCCGGCUUUGAACUCUGAAAAUAAUUACAUAAUGGAAGAGCCUCAGUACCCUCCUCUAAACCUGGGGGACCCUGAGAGUGGAUACCUGACUGAGACCAACCUCCUGAACAUCUCUCUCCGCAUCGGGAAAGACUGGCAGAGAAUAGGAAUAAACCUUGGUCUGACUAAAGAGGAGCUGGAGCGAAUUCAGUUCAAAAACAAGGAUAAUCUGGGCGGCUUGGUGCUGGACAUGUUAUUUCGCUGGGCGAGAGGGCAGACGGCGGCAGGCUCUGGGUCUGUGUCAAAGCUUGUAGCUGCGAUGAUGGAGAGUGGCAGAACUGACCUGGCAGAGGAAAUCGAGGACAUUGUCAGCAUUGGGAAGAAAAAGUACUCCGACUCAUUGAGGAGAAGCACACCGGCUUUGAGCUGUGUCCGCAAGAAACCACGGGAGCGCCUUGGUGAGAUUUCUUCACAUUUCUUCUGUUGA